AUGUCGUUUAUGGGCGGCGCCGAGUGCUCGACGGCGGGCAACCCGCUCAGCCAGUUCACCAAGCACGUCCAGGACGACCGGAGUCUGCAGCGCGACCGACUCGUCAAUGCCGGACCGAAUGGCGUCAACGGCUUCCGCAGUGCCAACCGGGGGCCUGCACAAGACGAGAUGGUCAAUGGCUUCCUCCAAAACGGCCCCAACAUGUCCGAGAUGGCCAUGGACCCCGCCCACCUCAACCAGCUGCAGAUCGAUCCCGCCUCGCGCGGCGUGCACCUGCGCGGCCAGUCCGCCUCCCCCGUCUGGUCCGACAGCUUCCGUGCCCAGACGCCGAUGGACGCCGGCUUCAGCCCGGAAGAGUUUGCCAAGUUCCAGCACCAGCCGCAGCACCAGCACCCCGCACAGCAGCAGAUGGGCGGCGCGUCCGCCUCGGCCGCCGCAGGGCCGUCACAGCACAUGCAGCAGCCCAUGAUGGGCAUGGGCUACGCCGGCGGCAUGUCGCAGUACGACGCGGGCAUGCAGUUCCCCAUGUACCGCCCGCAGAUGCAGAACAGCUGGGCCCAGCAGCCGUUCCACGCCGCGCCGCUGCAACGCCAGGAACCCAAUGCCGUUGUCGAGGGCAAGGGCAAGGGCAAGAUUGUCGAGCUCAACGACCACGAGUGGGAAGAGCAGUUUGCGCGCAUGGAGAUGCAGGACAGGCAGGCCAAGGAGGACGACGACCAAGACCAGGACCAAGCCGCCAACGACGCCAUUGAGCGCGAGCUCAACAAGGUCGACGACCAGGUCCUCAACUCCGAGACCAACUUUGGCGACCUCGAGGCCGUCUGGAACGGCAUCCAGGCGGAGAACGCCGCCAUGCGCGAGGCCUUUGACGGCGGCGACUGGAAGGACGUGUCCGAAGACUUCCAGAACACCUGGGGCGACGACUGGGAGCCGAUGGGCAACCGCAUGGGCCUGGACCCGCGCAUCGACCCGUACCAGUUUGAAGAAGAGAACCUGUUCAAGGAGCACGGCAACCCCUUUGAGGAGGGCGUGCGCAUCAUGAACGAGAACGGCAACCUGUCGCUGGCCGCCCUCGCCUUCGAGGCCGCCUGCCAGCGCGAGCCCGAGCGCGUUGAGGCCUGGGUGUACCUGGGCUCGGCCCAGGCCCAGAACGAGAAGGAGACCGCCGCCAUCCGCGCCCUCGAGCACGCCCUCAAGCUCGACCCCACCAACCUGCCGGGCCUCAUGGCCCUCGCCGUCUCCUACACCAACGAGGGCUACGACACCACCGCCUACCGCACCCUCGAGCGCUGGCUGUCCGCCAAGUACCCGCAGGUCCUGCCGCCCGCCGAGCUGUCCAACGCCGCCGAGAUUGGCUUCACCGACCGCCAGCAGCUGCACGAGCGCAUCACCGACAAGUUCAUCCAGGCCGCCCAGCUGUCGCCCGACGGCGAGCACAUGGACCCGGACGUCCAGGUCGGCCUGGGCGUGCUGUUUUACGGCGGCGAGGACUUUGACAAGGCCGUCGACUGCUUCCACGCCGCCCUCGCGUCAAGCGAGCAGGGCACCAGCAACCAGCGCUCCCAGGUGCACCUGCUGUGGAACCGCCUGGGCGCGACCCUGGCCAACUCGGGCCGCUCCGAAGAGGCCAUUGCCGCCUACGAAAAGGCCCUGUCGCUGCACCCCAACUUUGUGCGGGCCCGCUACAACCUGGGCGUCAGCUGCAUUAACAUGGGCUGCUACGACGAGGCCGCGAGCCACCUGCUGGCCGCGCUGGCCAUGCACAAAGACGUCGAGACGAGCGGCCGCGAACAGGCCCGCGAGAUCCUGGGCGGCGCCGCCGCCGGCGUUACCGACGAGCACCUGGACCGCAUGACGACGCAGAACCGCAGCACGACGCUGCACGACACGCUGCGGCGUGUGUUUGGCCUCAUGGACCGCCGCGACUUGGCCGACCGCGUGUCCGUCGACAUGGACCCCGACAUUUUCCGUGGCGAGUUUGAUUUCUAG